AUGGAAAUAGCCCAAGCCUUUGAUCUUUUUCCUCUAAAUGAUGCCCACUUCCCACCUUUCUUGGGCAAAAAUGAAGAAGAUGAGACUAUGCUACUCUUAGAUGCUGCAUUUGCAGAAGAAUUGCAGUUCCAGGAGGCUUUGAAGGCCUCUCUGAUCACUUGUCAAAUGCCAACUUCUGGAACAAGUGCCAAGCCAUCGGUUCAUGUGGAAGUAAGAGGAGAAUCCUCUAUGGGUUUCUGCGAAAAUUGCCUGGGGAAAAAAGAAAAUGAUCAGCUGAUCAAGAAUGGGAACUGUCGUCACCCAAUUUGCUUGGAAUGUAUAAGCAAGCAUGUGGAGGCAAAGAUCAAAUUGGGCAUGAAGACUUUUACAUGUCCAGGCUUAAACUGUGAAUGUGUCUUACAAUUGGAGACAUUUAAGAAUGUUCUCUCGAAGGAUGUGCUCAACCUGUGGGAAAAGGCACUGUCUACGAAGCUGGUUCCAAAACGUACUUGCAGGUCAGUGCAUUUUAUAGUUGAAAAUGCAGCAUUUACUUGGGUUGGUUUUUGGUGUUGGUAG